AUGGCCAAGGCGCUGCCUGCCUGCCUGCUGCUGGCCCUGCUGCUCCUGCCCCCAGCCCUGCUGGCACCGCAGGAGCGAGGGCUCAUUUUCAACCUGGACACGGGGGAGCUGUGCCUGCAGAGUGCCCAGUGCAAGAGCGGCUGCUGCCACCGAACCGACGGCCUCAGCCUGGCCCGCUGCGCCCCGAAGGCAGCUGAGACCCAGGAGUGCUCCCCAAAGAGCCUCUAUGGGGUCUACUACAAGUGUCCCUGUGAGAGCGGCUUGACCUGCGAGACCGACAGAACCAUCGUGGGCUCCAUCACCAACACCGACUUUGGCAUCUGCAUGGACCCCCAUGAGUCCAGAAGGUGAUGAAGGAAGAGCCCCCCGUGCCCCUCUGUGCUGCCCCUGCCUUUCCCCCUCUCCUGUGCCUAGCUGUGGGAGAAUCUGAAUAAAGACCAGCUUCUGCCGAGCUGCACGGUGGAGUUUUCACUCUAACCUGGUGUGAAGUUCACCAAACCUGGCCCAGGACAGGGACAGCAGCGCCAGGCAGUCCCUGAAGAAGCCACCAGGACAUGAUGGCUUUACCUGUGUGUGUGUGCAAUCAUGCAACAAUCUGGGCUAGGCCAGCAGCAGGACAUGGGCUGAGCUCUGCUCCAGGUGAGUUUUAAAAAGGGGGUGCAGGGAAGGGGGAGAUGCAGCAGCCCCAGGGUCUGAGGUUGUGCUGGCCUUGGUUUAUUCCCUGCCGUGGCACAGGGUGAGGAGGAGGAGGCAGCUGUCUGGCAGAGCUGUGGAAGCAGCAGGAGAUGGGGGGAUCAUCAGUGAGGGUGUUCUUGGCUCCUCCAGCGCAGAAUUCACCCCAUGUUUCUCCAUCCCUGGGGAUCACAAGAACCAGGCACCCCCAGUGCCACUGCCCACUGCCCCAGGGCUCUGCACCAGCUGGGGAGGCCACAAAGGCUGAGGGCACCCCCUGGCAGCCGAGGAGGUGCUGCAGGAAACUUCAUUUUCAGGACAAGGCUGACUGGCAGCUUGAGGAUGUGCACCUGCAGGAACACCAGGGACGCCUCUGGGAGGGUGGCACAGCUUGGGGGAGCCCCCAUUAUUGAAGGGGAACAUGGGGGGCAAUAUGGGCACCAGUCUGGCUCAGAGGGGCUGCAAGAGGAGAAAAUUCUGAGCUGGGUUUUAAACUUGUGGCGGGUGGUUAAAAUCUGGAGGGUCUUGUUCUCGUGGCAGGAGAGCCCACCAGAGCAAUGUCCUCAGUGGGGCAAGGGGCAGCUGGGGACAGGGAUGGGGACAGCAAACCUUCUCCUGCAGCAGCCAGCCGGCCCAGGGGACACAGGACAGGGGUCUCUCCCUGGAUCCCCAUCUCUGCGGGGUCCCCACAGCACUGGG